GAAAGAUAGUUCAUUCUAAUAUCACUGCCACUUGAGGUCAACAGUUUCCUGGUCAGUGAUUUUCGCUGUGAUUCUAUUUAAAAAAAAGGCAUCUUUUGGUUUCAUAUAAAGAGCAUAAGAUGCAGUCGGAGGAUGCACGCUAUCUGAAACGGAAAGUGAAGGGUGGUAGCCUGGACGUGCACCCUACAGAGAAAGCCCUGGUUGUUCAGUAUGAGGUGGAGGCGACCAUCCUUGGAGAGACCGGAGACGAGAUGCUGGGAGACCGCAAGAAGUGUCAGAAGAUUAUUCGUCUGAAGAGCCUGAAUACGAACACAGACGUUGCAGCCCUGGCCCGUAAGGUGGUUGAGGAGUGUAAACUCAUCCAUCCCUCCAAGCUGUCAGAGGUGGAGCAGCUGCUCUUCUAUCUACAGAACCGCAAGAAGGCCAGCGGGAAAGCAGAGAAGAGAGUGGUGAAACCUAGAGACCUAACUCCAUUUGAAGGAAUGGAGAUAGAUGAGGAGGCUAACAUCAACAAGGUGGAAGAGUAUGUAGAGCUGCUGUAUGAAGGUAUGGAGGAGAAGGUGAAAGGGGCUACACUCAUCCUACACCUGGCCAGGAACCCUGUCAACCUGGAGGAACUACUAGAGAAUGAAACGGCUCUAGGAGCCCUGGCCAGAGUGCUGCGGGAGGACUGGAAGCAGAGUGUUGAGCUUGCCACCACCAUCAUCUAUGUUUUCUUCUGCUUCUCCAGUUUCUCCCAGUUCCAUGGGCUGGUGACCCACUAUAAAAUCGGAGCUCUGUGUAUGAAUGUCAUGGAACACGAACUGAAGAGAUACGACCUCUGGCAGGACGAACUGCAGAAGAAGACCAGGACAUGUGAAGACGACCCUGACAACCAGGCCUUGAGGAAGGAACAUGAGAAGGCCUUUAAGAAGUACCAGGGACUACUGGUGAAACAGGAGCAGCUGCUGAGAGUUGCUCUAUACCUGUUGUUGAACCUGGCUGAGGACACCAGGACAGAGCUGAAGAUGAGAAACAAGAACAUCGUCCACAUGCUGGUGAAGACCCUGGACCGGGAGAACGAGGAACUACUGGUGCUGGUGGUGUCCUUCCUCAAGAAACUCAGCAUCUUCCUGGAGAACAAGAACGAUAUGGCGGAGGUGGACACCGUAGAGCGUUUGUCUCGUUUAGUCCCGUGUGAACAUGAAGACCUGCUGAACAUCACGCUGCGUCUCCUCCUCAACCUCUCCUUUGACACCGGGCUACGCAUCAAGAUGGUGCAGGUCGGCUUGCUGCCCAAACUCACCUCCCUGCUGGGUGACGAGAACCACAAGCAGAUGGCCAUGUGUAUCCUGUACCACAUCAGUGUUGAUGACAGGUUCAAGUCCAUGUUCGCCUACACCGACUGCAUCCCACAGUUGAUGAAGAUGUUGUUUGAGCACGGUGAGGAGAGGAUCGAUGCUGAGCUCAUCUCCUUCUGUAUUAACCUGGCAGCUAACAAGAAGAACGCUCAGCUCAUCUGUGAAGGUAAUGGUCUGAAGAUGUUGAUGAAGAGAGCUCUGAAGCUGAAGGAUCCUUUACUUAUGAAGAUGAUACGAAACAUCUCUCAACACGACGGACCACCCAAACACCUCUUCAUCGACUAUGUAGGAGACCUGGCAGCCCAGAUCACUCCUGAUGAAAACGAAGAGUAUGUGAUCGAGUGUCUGGGGACCCUGGCUAACCUCACUAUCGCUGAUCUGGACUGGGAACUGGUGCUGAAGGAGUACAACCUGGUACCUUACUUUAAAGAUAGGCUCAAACCAGGCUCUGCAGAGGAUGACCUGAUACUAGAGGUGGUGAUCAUGAUUGGGACGGUGUCCAUGGACGACAGCUGUGCCGCCAUGUUGGCCAAGUCUGGCAUCAUCCCUGCUAUCAUAGAACUACUCAACGCCCAACAGGAGGACGAUGAGUUUGUGUGUCAGAUCGUCUAUGUGUUUUACCAGAUGGUGUUUCACCAGGCUACCAGGGAGGUCAUCAUUAAAGAGACACAGGCUCCGGCGUACCUUAUCGACCUGAUGCACGACAAGAAUGCUGAGAUACGCAAGGUCUGUGACAACACUCUGGACAUAAUCGCUGAGUAUGAUGAGGAGUGGGGGAGGAAGACUCAGAGAGAGAAGUUCCGAUGGCAUAACUCUCAAUGGUUGGAGAUGGUGGAGAGUAGGCAGAUGGAGGAGGGAGAGCCCUUCAUGUACGGAGAGGAUGGAGAGAUGGACAGACCUGACCUCUUCUACAGCACGGACGGGAUCACCCCUGCGUCAGGAGCGGUCAGUCCAGACUUCUUCAGUGAUCCCUACGCACAGAAUGGAGACGGACAACACGGUGGAGGAGCUGAUGGGUUUGACCUGACCACGGGGACAUCGAGCCGACCGGCCACCGGCUUCGGCUUCAGACCAGACGAGCAGUUCUACGACUACACUUCUUCCAGAUAAACCUUCCCUUUCACAUAGUCUGACCAAUCACCAUCCACUAUAAACACUGACCAAUCCCCUUCACAAAGUCUGACCAAUCACCAUCCACUAUGAACACUGACCAAUCCCCCUUCACAUAGUCGGCCAAUCACCAUCCUCUAUGAACACUGACCAAUCCCCAUCCACAUUGUCUGACCAAUCACCAUCCACUACGAACACUGACCAAUCCCCAUCCACAUCCACAUAGUCUGACCAAUCACCAUCCACUAUGAACACUGACCAACCCCCAUCAACACUUAACACUGACCAACCCCCAUUCACUAUGAACACUGACCAAUCCCCAUCCACAUAGUCUGACCAAUCACCAUCCACUAUAAACACUGACCAAUCCCCAUCCACAUAGUCUGACCAAUCACCAUCGACUAUGAACACUGACCAAUCCCCAUCCACAUAGUCUGACCAAUCCCCAUUAACACCAUCCACAUAGUCUGACCAAUCACCAUCCACAUAGUCUGACCAACCCUCAUCAACACUUAACACUGACCGACCCCCAUCAACACUUAACACUGACCAACCCCCAUUCACUAUGAACACUGACCAAUCCCCAUUCACUAUGAACACUGACCAACACCCAUUCACUUUGAACACUGACCAACCCCCAUUCACUAUGAACACUGACCAACCCCCAUUCACUAUGAACACUGACCAACCCCCAUUCACUAUGAACACUGACCAACCCCCAUUCAUUAUGAACACUGACCAACCCCCAUUCACUAUGAACACUGACCAACCCCCAUUCGCUAUGAACACUGACCAACCCCCAUUCACUAUGAACACUGACCAACCCCCAUUCACUAUGAACACUGACCAACCCCCAUUCACUAUGAACACUGACCAACCCCCAUUCAUUAUGAACACUGACCAACCCCCAUUCACUAUGAACACUGACCAACCCCCAUUCACUAUGAACACUGACCAAUCCCCAUUCACUAUGAACACUGACCAACACCCAUUCACUAUGAACACUGACCAACACCCAUUCACUAUGAACACUGACCAACACCCAUUCACUAUGAACACUGACCAACCCCCAUUCAUUAUGAACACUGACCAACCCCCAUUCAUUAUGAACACUGACCAAUCCCCAUUCAUUAUGAACACUGACCAUUCCCCAUUCACUAUGAACACUGACCAAUCCCCAUUCACUAUGAACACUGACCAACACCCAUUCACUAUGAACACUGACCAACCCCCAUUCACUAUGAACACUGACCAACCCCCAUUCACUAUGAACACUGACCAAUCCCCAUUCAUUAUGAACACUGACCAACCCCCAUUCACUAUGAACACUGACCAACACCCAUUCACUAUGAACACUGACCAACCCCCAUUCACUAUGAACACUGACCAACCCCCAUUCACUAUGAACACUGACCAAUCCCCAUUCACUAUGAACACUGACCAACACCCAUUCACUAUGAACACUGACCAACCCCCAUUCACUAUGAACACUGACCAACCCCCAUUCACUAUGAACACUGACCAACCCCCAUUCACUAUGAACACUGACCAAUCCCCAUUCACUAUGAACACUGACCAAUCCCCAUUCACUAUGAACACUGACCAACCCCCAUUCACUAUGAACACUGACCAACCCCCAUUCACUAUGAACACUGACCAACCCCCAUUCACUAUGAACACUGACCAACCCCCAUUCACUAUGAACACUGACCAACCCCCAUUCACUAUGAACACUGACCAACCCCCAUUCACUAUGAACACUGACCAACCCCCAUUCACUAUGAACACUGACCAACCCCCAUUCACUAUGAACACUGACCAACCCCCAUUCACUAUGAACACUGACCAACCCCCAUUCAUUAUGAACACUGACCAACCCCCAUUCACUAUGAACACUGACCAACCCCCAUUCACUAUGAACACUGACCAACCCCCAUUCACUAUGAACACUGACCAAUCCCCAUUCACUAUGAACACUGACCAACACCCAUUCACUAUGAACACUGACCAACACCCAUUCACUAUGAACACUGACCAACACCCAUUCACUAUGAACACUGACCAACCCCCAUUCAUUAUGAACACUGACCAACACCCAUUCACUAUGAACACUGACCAACCCCCAUUCACUAUGAACACUGACCAACACCCAUUCACUAUGAACACUGACCAACCCCCAUUCACUAUGAACACUGACCAACCCCCAACCCCCAUUCACUAUGAACACUAGGUGUGCCUAACUAGUGUUAGUGAUGUAGGGUGUGUCAGGACACAGAUCAAUGAGUUAGUGAUGUAGGGCGUGUCAGGACACAGAUCAGUGUGUUAGUGAUGUAGGGCGUGUCAGGACACCGGUCAGUGUGUUAGUGAUGUAGGGCGUGUCAGGACACCGGUCAGUGUGUUAGUGAUGUAAGGCGUGUCAGGACACCGGUCAGUGUGUUAGUGAUGUAGGGCGUGUCAGGACACAGAUCAGUGUGUUAGUGAUGUAGGGUGUGUCAGGACACAGAUCAGUGUGUUAGUGAUGUAGGGCGUGUCAGGACACAGAUCAGUGUGUUAGUGAUGUAAGGCGUGUCAGGACACAGAUCAGUGUGUUAGUGAUGUAAGGCGUGUCAGGACACAGAUCAGUGUGUUAGUGAUGUAGGGCGUGUCAGGACACAGAUCAGUGUGUUAGUGAUGUAAGGCGUGUCAGGACACAGAUCAGUGUGUUAGUGAUGUAAGGCGUGUCAGGACACCGGUCAGUGUGUUAGUGAUGUAAGGCGUGUCAGGACACCGGUCAGUGUGUUAGUGAUGUAAGGCGUGUCAGGACACCGGUCAGUGUGUUAGUGAUGUAAGGCGUGUCAGGACACCGGUCAGUGUGUUAGUGAUGUAAGGCGUGUCAGGACACCGGUCAGUGUGUUAGUGAUGUAAGGCGUGUCAGGACACCGGUCAGUGUGUUAGUGAUGUAAGGCGUGUCAGGACACCGGUCAGUGUGUUAGUGAUGUAAGGCGUGUCAGGACACAGAUCAGUGUGUUAGUGAUGUAAGGCGUGUCAGGACACCGGUCAGUGUGUUAGUGAUGUAAGGCGUGUCAGGACACAGAUCAGUGUGUUAGUGAUGUAAGGCGUGUCAGGACACCGGUCAGUGUGUUAGUGAUGUAAGGCGUGUCAGGACACCGGUCAGUGUGUUAGUGAUGUAAGGCGUGUCAGGACACCGGUCAGUGUGUUAGUGAUGUAAGGCGUGUCAAGACACCGGUCAGUGUGUUAGUGAUGUAAGGCGUGUCAGGACACCGGUCAGUGUGUUAGUGAUGUAAGGCGUGUCAAGACACCGGUCAGUGUGUUAGUGAUGUAAGGCGUGUCAGGACACCGGUCAGUGUGUUAGUGAUGUAAGGCGUGUCAGGACACCGGUCAGUGUGUUAGUGAUGUAAGGCGUGUCAAGACACCGGUCAGUGUGUUAGUGAUGUAAGGCGUGUCAGGACACCGGUCAGUGUGUUAGUGAUGUAAGGCGUGUCAGGACACCGGUCAGUGUGUUAGUGAUGUAAGGCGUGUCAGGACACCGGUCAGUGUGUUAGUGAUGUAAGGCGUGUCAGGACACCGGUCAGUGUGUUAGUGAUGUAAGGCGUGUCAGGACACCGGUCAGUGUGUUAGUGAUGUAAGGCGUGUCAGGACACCGGUCAGUGUGUUAGUGAUGUAAGGCGUGUCAGGACACCGGUCAGUGUGUUAGUGAUGUAAGGCGUGUCAGGACACAGAUCAGUGUGUUAGUGAUGUAAGGCGUGUCAGGACACCGGUCAGUGUGUUAGUGAUGUAAGGCGUGUCAGGACACAGAUCAGUGUGUUAGUGAUGUAAGGCGUGUCAGGACACCGGUCAGUGUGUUAGUGAUGUAAGGCGUGUCAGGACACCGGUCAGUGUGUUAGUGAUGUAAGGCGUGUCAAGACACCGGUCAGUGUGUUAGUGAUGUAAGGCGUGUCAGGACACCGGUCAGUGUGUUAGUGAUGUAAGGCGUGUCAGGACACCGGUCAGUGUGUUAGUGAUGUAAGGCGUGUCAAGACACCGGUCAGUGUGUUAGUGAUGUAAGGCGUGUCAGGACACCGGUCAGUGUGUUAGUGAUGUAAGGCGUGUCAGGACACCGGUCAGUGUGUUAGUGAUGUAAGGCGUGUCAGGACACCGGUCAGUGUGUUAGUGAUGUAAGGCGUGUCAGGACACCGGUCAGUGUGUUAGUGAUGUAAGGCGUGUCAGGACACCGGUCAGUGUGUUAGUGAUGUAAGGCGUGUCAGGACACCGGUCAGUGUGUUAGUGAUGUAAGGCGUGUCAGGACACCGGUCAGUGUGUUAGUGACUAUUGAAAACAAUUCUGCAGUAUCCAUCAUGAUUUCCUGACUUUACGUAUCUUCUGUCUGCUAAUAAUGCAAGCUGACAGCCAUAUAGAUGUUUUGGGUUUUUUAUACGCUCGAUUUACUGAAUUGUUUACUGAAUGUAUUAUUGGAAUGUUUUUAUUGUUCAGGCAAUGCUUUGGUAGGUGCAAAUAUCACGUUAGAUGUUGCCUUUUUAUUUCAACAUGAAGUCGCACAGGGUUUAAAUUAUGUUUUGUAGACAUUUACAUGUUUAUAUUAUCACACAAAUCACACACACGUCUGCAUGAAUAUGACUUAAAACUAAGGACCACUGAAUCAUGAAUAUAAAGAUGGUCAUCUAAAUAGAAGGUCAGUGCAGGCUACUAAGGUAGGCUUGAAACCACGUGGAUUUAGAAUUAAAGGUACUACGCAUGUAUGUGUUUUAUUUUCGAAUUGUAAUUUCACAAAAUGUCCAUAAUAUAUCUGCACCAAUAGUGGAAUGAUAGUGUUUAACAGGAUUACUUAACCGAUAGUGUUGUGAUUGGCUGUGAUAUACAUUUUUUUUGUUUUUCUACCACCAGAGAGGGAAUCUGUUGUAAAAAAAAAAAAAUGGGAAAGUUGUUUUGACUUUGUGGCUGUGUUAUCUAGUAACAUUCCACACAAGUAGGAAUUUCCUGGUUGCAAAUAUUCAACACUGUUGGCUCAAUUUCAAUUUAUGUGAGAAAAUAAGUACUGAAUAGUGAAGGGAAUCAUUGUACCAUCUACAUCACUGUGAACUAUCUUUACAAUAACAAAAAAUUUUUUUUUUUGGAAGCUGGUGGAUCAAAACCGAAAGUUAAAGGCUCAGGCGUCAGUCUCCAUCAUGUUACAGGGAAGUAGAAUGCAGAGAAGGGGGAGAUUUGUUUUGAAUGCAACAUAAAGCUGUUGCAGUUCCCCCACCUUCCACACGGGGGGAGACAUUCAGAAUGUAGCACCUUUUUAAGUUCUUCUUCUUAUAUUUGCAUGAACAGACAAACCACUCAUGUUGUCAGCUUUGGCUCAAGGAUCACGCUACUCUAGCUAUAUUUAACAUAACCUCACAUGCUCUUCAAGGCUACUGCUAUUGUCUGCUUGAGUGCUGCAUUUAAUCACCAUCAAGUACUCAAUACACUGUAGAGUGCAUACCUUGUGUAACUACACGUAACAAAAAAUAAUAGUGCACUAGUUAACUAUGUAUAAUGUGUAUAUAUACUAAUCUACUUCCCACUCCAUACUGGCCUGGUAUUGACUACACUAUCUAGCUAAGUACCUCUCCUUACUGGGCUAAACUAGCUGGCUAGCUGAACUUGGCUAGUUUUAGUCCUCAUUGCCAAACAUCAUAUAUAUACUGCACCCUCAUUUCCUGUACACUUAACCCUUUUUUAAAGCGACUAUUUGUUGAUUAAAUCAGAAUUGAUUAAUACCAGGAAUGAACAAGUUAAUUUACGUACAAAAAUAAUCAUUAUAAAGCAACUGUACAGAGUGCCAAUGGCUACAAUGAAUGGUUAAAUGACUUUCAGGCACGAAGGAUUAACAGAGCUCCUCCUCGCCUUCUCUAUAGCGCUAGUGGUGACCGAGUCCAUGAUUUUUCGAGUCGACUCCUGGUAUCAGAGUCGUUGGAGUCGACUCUCUCUCGACAAUGCUCUAAACCAGGGGUAUUCAAAUCUUACCAUACGAAGUCUGGCGCCUGCUGGUUUUCUGUUCUUCCUGAUAAUUAAUUGCGCCCACCUGGUGUCCCAGGUCUAAAUCAGUCCCUGAUUAAAAAACGCAAUGGAACGGGCUUCGGGGUCCAGAGUUGCGUUUGAGGGCUCUAAAUAAUGCUGUGUAACUGACUGUCUAGAAUUCGAACAAUAUUCUACAUUCUAAAAGUUGGCCCAACAGUCUAAAUAUAUGGCUUUGAGACCGAGACAGUGUUAACCAGGUGGUAUUGCAUUACUAUAUUGAUGGUGGUAGACAGCGGCGGCAGUAGGUGGCGGCGGCAGUAGGCGGCGGCAGUAGGCGGCGGCAGUAGGCGGCAGCGGCAGUAGGUAGAGGCAGUAGGCGGCGGCGGCAGUAGGUAGAGGCAGUAGGCGGCGGCAGGAGUAGGCAGCGGCAGUAGGCAGCGGCAGCAGUAGGCGGCAGGAUACACUUUUUAUAGCCACUUCCUGUUCUGUGGCACAAUUCACCAUUAAUUACUUCUGUUGCUGGUUGACAAUAGUGCUUUAUUUGAUAUGUUGAUAUGUACAGUACUUUCUGUUAGAGGUUACUUAUUUUCUCAGUUUAUAUUAAAUAUGAUUUUAUAUUAGAGCUUUUGUUUACUGUUUGUUUUAUAAUAGUCAUGUUUAUUAUUUUCUUACUUGUAUUUAAAGUAUGUGUUACUUUAUUGUGUUACUGAGGGCAGCACAGUAGUGUAUUUGAUGUGAGAACAGUGCCUGAAGCUAAUAGGAACUACUGUAAACCACUGCUUUAGCAUUCUCUACUGCUGUGAAGGACCUUAUAAAACCAUGAGGGAUUUAUUGGUGUGGACUGUGAACAUUAGUGCAAUUAAAAUCACUGUUCAAAUUGA